AUGCAACGUUCUGUUGGAUCCAGAGGUAGAGGAGAAGCUUCCAUGGUGAAGAGAAGGCAUCAAGACGAAGAUGAUGAGAUCAUUAGGGUCCCGGCCUUUGACAACUCAGACCUGAUAGAAAAAUUUAAGCUUACCCUGGUUGGACGUAUGUUCCAUUCAGAUGGUAGAAGCGUUGAAGCUCUUCUGAAACAUAUGCCGAAACGCCGUAUCUGGGAUGUUGAAGGCCGAGUAAGAGGCACGAACUUAGGAAAUAAUAAGCUCCAGUUUGAUUUUGACAAGGAAGAAGACCUACAGAAGGUUCUUCAACUACGGCCAUGUCACUUUAAUAAGUGGAGUUUCUCGCUGGAAAGAUGGAUUCCAACCAUUAAGGAGGACUUCCCUAACAUGAUGCUGCUAUGGGCGACAGUGUCAGGCGUACCUAUUCACUACAAAAAGCUGGAAACCUACCAAAGUGUAGGCAAGGCUCUCGGAACUUAUGACUUUGCUGAUAUCGAAGGGGGCCGAGUAAGAGUCUUUAUUAAUGGUGACCUUCCUCUGAAAUUUGAAUACAAAGUGGGUUUUCAGAACGGGGAUGUGGUGAAGGUUACAAUCAUCUACGAAGACCUUCACAGGCAUUGCUUUACGUGUAAAAGAAUUACACAUGAAGAAGGAACGUGCCCAGAGUUGACUGAAGUUCAAAGAGAAAAGAAUCGUCUCUUAAGGAUCGAACAGAAGGAACAAGAGGAUAAGGCUACUUAG